CACAAAUCCCUCCACGUCAACGUCCACGCCUCUCUCAACCCAGCCCGGACCGCAUCUCACGCCGACGCCAUGCUCCUGCAACGCACCGUCAUUGCCGCGGCCCGCCGCGCCGCCGUCGCUCCCGCCGUCACCCGCAGCUUCGCGACCUCCUUCGUCCGCCGCGAGGCCACCAAGUCUGGCCCCUCCAGCCCCAACGCGCAGGCUGCUUCUCUCGCCGGCACCGCACAGAAGAAGGUUGGCGAAUACAAGACGUUCAACGAGGUCAAGACCGAGGACGACCUCUUCGGCCCCGGCGCAGCCCCGGGCACCGUCCCCACCGAUCUCGAGCAGGCCACCGGUCUUGAGCGUCUGGAGAUUCUCGGCAAGAUGGAGGGCGUCGACAUCUUCGACAUGCGCCCCCUCGACGCCAGCCGCAAGGGCACAAUGGAGAGCCCCAUCCUCGUCCGCUCCGCCGGCGAUGAGCAGUUUGCCGGCUGCACUGGCUACCCUGCCGACUCCCACGUCGUCACCUGGCUCGGCCUGAGCCGCGAGCGCCCCAUCGAGCGAUGCCCCGAGUGCGGCAGCGUCUACAAGAUGGAGUAUGUCGGCCCGCAGGACGACCACCACCAUGACCACCACCACGGCCCCGAGAUCGAGGAGCCCAAGACGUUUGCCGACUACAUCAAGCCCGAGUACCGCUACCAAUAAAUGCGCCACCAGAAAAGGGGUGUUGGGGACGAGGCGUUUUGUAUUACGCGACGAGGAGGUGUAGUCAUAGAUGGACGGCGAUGAUGCUACCGGGGAGAGAGCGGGUAUGUAGAUUACGGUGAAUAUUUUUAUUUGUCAAUUCACACACAAGGUAUGGGAGACGACGUCGCUUUAGCUAGCAGCAUUUGCUGCAUUGUGAGCAUCAAGCUGCGUGCUUUCGUACUUGGCAUCUCCUUGCCCAAGAUUGCUUCGUUAGCAAACCUUGAGCUGUGACACGUUCUGUCGCCACCCCUUGACGUGAGACUGCAGUCGGCGGACUGUCUUGACACCAAAGUUGGAACGUGCCGUGAGCGGCACACACGACGGCGAGUCGCGCAGGUUGCAGGACUGUU